AUGAAGAAAUGCAGAGGUCGUACUUACCGAAAGAGACACAGAAAACAAUCUACAGCUUUUUCUUCAAGUGUAAAUUUGAGUUAUAAAAAUGAAUAUAUACUUCUCAAGAAGUGGUUGAAAGAAAAAGGCUACAAGAACAAUAAUUUAACUCCAGCAGUGUUUUCAGAAACAGGAAGGGGAUUGAUGACCACAAAAACGCUUCAGGCCGAAGAAUUGAUUAUUUCUUUGCCUGAAAAGUGCUUGCUUACUUCCAAUACUGUGCUUAGCAGCUACCUCAGAGAAUACAUUUUAAAAUGGAGACCUCCAAUUUCUCCUUUGAUAGCAUUAUGUUCAUUUUUAAUAACAGAGAAGUGGUUUCAUAGGACAUCUGUAUGGAAACCGUACCUGGAUCUCUUACCUGAAACAUAUACCUGUCCUGUCUAUUUGGAGCAAGAAAUAUUGAACCUUUUCCCUGAGCCCUUGAAAAGAAAGGCUCUCGAGCAACAAUCAUCGAUCCAGGACCUUUUUGCUUCUUCAAAGCAGUUCUUCUCUUCGUUGCAGCCUUUAUUUCCUGAAGAUGUGGCCAUUAUUUUUAACUUCAGUGCCUUCCGGUGGGCUUGGUGCACUAUAAAUACAAGAACAGUGUUUAUGAAACAUUCACAGAAAGACUGUUUUUCUAGAGAGCCAGAUAUAUAUGCUCUAGCUCCAUUUCUGGAUCUGCUAAAUCACAAUCCAAAGGCCCAGGUGAAAGCUUCAUUUAAUGAAAAUACAAAAUGUUAUGAAAUAAAAACACAUCUGGGCUGUCAGAAAUACAAAGAAGUAUAUAUUUCUUAUGGUCCUCAUGACAACCAGCGACUACUGCUAGAAUAUGGUUUUGUUGCUGCUGAUAAUCCACACAGCUGUGUGCAUGUUGGUACAGAUACAUUGCUUAAAUAUUUUUAUUCAGAAGACAAACAGAAAUCUGCGAAACUUUUCAUUUUACGAGAGCACAAAUUGUUAGAUGAUCUGACGUUUGGCUGGGAUGGACCAUCUUGGACACUUCUUACAGCCCUUAAAUUGUUAUGUCUUGAAGCAGAUGAAUUUACUUUGUGGAAAAAAGUAGUGCUUGGAGAUGUUGCUUCAAGGAAGAAUGAAGAAAAGAGUGUGGAUCUUGCAACAAAAAUAUGUACAUCAUUGAUGGAAGAAACUCAGCAUGUGCUUCACAAGGUUUCAGUCUCAAAAAAUCAUUAUAAACAUCUUGUGAAUCAGCUGACUUUGGUAGAAGCAUUACAUACAGAAAAUCUAAGAAUCUUGCAGCUUUCGUAUGCAAUUCUUCAGCAUUUACCUUCCACAACCAUUUAAUUUUGCCAAAACAAAAUUGUGCUAGUCUCUGCAACAAUAAAACAAUUUAAUAUUCAGUGUGAACAUUCUGUAAAAUAUGAACAGAAAAAACAAACAAACCAGGAAUGCAUAGAUCUUUGAAGUCCCUUAAUUAAGACUGCAUUAAUUAGGAAAAAAAAUACGUUAGGAGAAAAUAAUUUAAAAGGGGCAAUAAUGAGGCCCUAAGGAUCUGUAGUCUGAUAAUUUAGAGCAAUGUUUC